ACAACUCAUUACAUACACACACACACACACACGCACACAAUAGCAAAGGAUUUAUUUGCGUUACAUUUCCUAAAGGUGAUUUAUUAACAGUGAUUGAAAUAUUGUUUGUUCUGUAAUGUGUAUGAUUUAACAGUUUUGUAAAAAGUGUUUUUAACAGGACAUAAUGAUGUAAUUGUCAAUGUUCCCCUCACCUCACCACACCUGGUCCCGGGACAUGGCAAUGCUGUGUUACGAGUGUUCACUAUGAGGAGGAACCGAUGUCUGUACACGUUGUACGAGGGAACGUUGAACAAAUUAAAAUGAUUGUUACAUACUUUAUAUUUUGGCUGGUGGUGAGAGCGGCUACGACUGCGCCUCAGCUGAACGUCGACGGCUGCCUGACGGGGUAUAUGACGGAUGUGCAGACCUGGGUCGACGCUCGCGGUCGCCUAACCAAUACCGCACCGCGGGCCAACAGAGUGGACGUGUCCUACCAGAACGGGACAAUUCAGAAGCUCGUCGGUGCAUUGAGGGAGUUUGAAUGUACCCGGCAAGGCGCGGCCGGCGUCGUCAAGUACCUCAGCAUGGCGAGAUGUCAACUGCAGCAAGUGCCGAGGGUUUUUGGCUACGGCGAUACUUGCGGACAAAUACUUUCAACGACAGUAACAUACCUGACGCUGUACGGAAAUGACUUUGGGCCUAAAAGAUCUCACGAAGCAGUGAUAAAAAUAAAUAAUAAUAUUGACGAUUCAUGGUCAUUUGGAUUACGGGGAAUUCGCUUUCAAAAUCUCCGUGAGUUGGAUCUAAGGCUCUGUGGCAUCACUGAACUGGAGGAUGGCAUUUUCAGCAACAUGAUAAACCUUGAUAAGCUGUAUCUUGGAGAGAAUAAUAUAUAUACAAUCAGCGAACGCACCUUCAGGGGUCUAAUGAGACUACGCCAUUUAGAUAUAAGCAGAAUCGAUGGAGGUAUCCAUUUCGGCGAUGUAAAUGUUUUUACAGGAAUGGAAAGUUUGAAUGCAUUAGAUCUAUCUUUUACAAAGCUUGCCCAGCGCGACCUGCUCGCGCUCAGAGCCGCAACUCGAAGUUUGCAAACAUUGUCAAUUUGUCAUUCGGGAUUGUCAAAUCUGGGAACAAAUUUUUUUUCAAACACAUCAAUCAGAUUUCUAGAUGUUUCGGGAAACUCAAAUAUUUUUGACGAUAUUGGAGCUCUAAGGGGCCUCGAAUCCUCCUCGCAAGUGAUAUACGCUGGUGACGUCGCCUUGAGGCAUAUGCGAGUUUUUGAAAAUUUAACUUCGUUAGAAAUAUUACGAGUAUCCAAUAAUGAAAUUAGUUCCAUUGACAGAAAUACAAUUAGGAGCUUAAGAAAUCUUCAGGUCUUGAUUAUGGAUACGAAUAGGCUAACGACGUGGUUUACUCCGAUUAUAUCUUUGAUGCCGAGGCUGAAGUUAUUGUCGUUGAGAAAUAACAACAUUAACUUGAUAUCCGAGGACAUGGUAACCGAUUUUAGAAAUCUAUCGUACAUCGGAGUAUCGGGAAACAAUAUCGUGUGCAAUUGUAAUGCGAGAGAACUGUACGAAGUAGCCGCGAGGAACGAGAAUGUUCGAGCUGACUCUCUCAUCUACCCUCUGAACAAUAAGGAAGUGAAAAGCGUGUUGUACCACACGGGCUUCAAAGAUGUCAAUCGUAUGAUAGCAGAACGGAUGCGCCUGGAGCUGACUUGUUCCGACGGGGUGUGUGACGAGAGCGGUGCUAUCGAUGCGCCAGGUUCCUACCUCAUCUUUGACUACGACCUUUCAAAGUACCACUGCAUGCAGGCGAUGGAAGGGAGGUCUUUGGCAUUCGGCAGGGUACCGUUCUGUAAAACCCGCGAAGACAUCGACUACGAAGACGUUAUUGCCGAGACGUGGAAUACAUUGUAUUUGUUGACAGUGCCUGCAUUACUACUGCCUAUUUGUAUUUUAGGAUAUAUUUUUAGGUGGAAUGUCAGAUAUUUCUUUAUAACUAUAAGAAAUUCUGCAAUGUUGAGUUUAAUUAACAAAGACGAAGUUAUUGAUGAGAACACGAUAUUUAACUACGACGUGUUCGUGUCGUACUGCCACGAGGACCGUGACUGGGUGCUGGACCAGCUGCUGCCGCACGUCGAAGUCGACGCCAACGUCAGCGUCUGCCUGCACGAGAGGGACUUCAUGGUGGGAUUGUCAAUCCUCGAGAACAUAGUUUCAUGCAUGGAUCGCUCGAAGACUAUCCUGCUGAUCCUCUCGCAAAAGUUUCUGCUAAGUCAAUGGUGCCAGUUUGAAAUGCAUCUUGCGCAGCACAGGCUUUUAGAAACAAGACGUGAAGAUCUCAUCCUAGUUCUGCUAGAAGAGAUACCGCGUCGUGUCCGGCCCAACACGCUGCACUACCUCAUGAUGACCAAUACGUACAUCGUCUGGCCGCAGGAGGAGGCUGAACAACCCGUGUUCUGGAGACGAUUGAAUAAGAGUUUGAUCACGCACAAAAUGAGACAAAGCAGCACCGAUUCUUUGGCGUGAAUAAACAUUCUAGUUAAAAAAGGAUCUAAUUGACAAGAGGACAGUCAAAUCGCUAUGCUUAUUAUGUAGACUGAUUUACAGACAUUGAUGAAAGUUUUUUUUCUAUAUAUUAGGCUUUACACAAAUUAACAU